AUGGGUCAUCAACCCCAAGCCCACCGUGCCACUAACGAGACCCUGGUCUCUCCAAGGCCCGAGGCCAGCCAGGAUGUUAAUUUCAUCGAGCCCAAUUCUGAUACACGUCCCUCUUCGAUCCCCUCUCCCUCUCCGUCAUCUCGAGGGAUUCUUCAAGAGCUUUCAGCUGAUCAUAUUCAUAACAAGAGUCUUGCUUGGAACUCAUCUCGAAGGGAGAACAACCAAAACCAGAAAUUGUACUUGAAGACCGGUCCUAUCAAUCUGCCAACAAAGACAAUCACACCUCGAGGGCCACGGCGCUCACUCGUUGAUUCCGACAGCUUCGAACUCCUCGAUGCGGUUCCUGAAGAAUCAAUUGAAUCCAGUGACUCUGAUAUUGCGCCCAGUGGGCCUUCAGCUUUAACUUCACACAAGCUACCUUCUCCAGGAACCACAGUCUAUUCACACCCGUUGUUGGAUGCAGAGCCUCAAAUUGGGCACAACUUAGAGAGUCAUCUAGCAGCCACACCGUUGAUUGCUGAGGAGUAUCUGGCUUUGGGAUUUGAUCCUUCUCAAGUUAAGAUGGCACUGCCUCCGCCUCCAGCAUAUGAGCUUCAUCAGAAUGUCCCACUUAAGAUUCCCGAGGUCGUCGAGACGGUAGAGCCUGUUUCGCCUUCUCUUACUUUGAUUAGUGAGAGAGGCAGCAGUUACGCAGGUUCUUCUAGGACCGGAUCCUUCUCGGUGCCCCGAAUCGAGGACUCUUUCGAGGAACUUGAUAAACUUGAGGAUGAGCUCGAAGCCAUCAAGGCUUUCACCCAGCCACAACGCAUUCCUGUGCCUGAGAAUACUGUACCCAGUAACAAGCAUCUCGAACCACCCUCCACGGGUAAGAAGCCGACCGUUUCGAAGAGGGCAUCAGUCAUCGGCAUUUCUUCCACAGUCCGCAUCAAACAGACUGAAAGACCACAGCUUCCUCUUCGACGAUCAACCUCUCUGGUAUUUAGAGACAAGAAGCAGGACGACUCCGACAUCAUCCGGAAUUUAAAACCACAGACUGCUGCACGCGGAAAGCUGACCAACUCUCACCCCGCACCGUUGAAGGCGCCUGUCAAGUCUACAAAGCCUCCUACUGUCCCCAAGUUUGAGCUUCCUGGUGAGGCUGUUUCUCGACGCCUGAAGGAACAGCGCGAGGCUCGUCGAGCCCAACAGGCUGAGGCUCAGAAAGCUUAUGCGCCUCCUCCGAGACCAAAGUCUAGCAAACCACUUACCAAGCCGAACUUCGAGCUUCCAGGAGAGGCGAUCUCUCGCCGUAAGCGUGAGGAGCGUGAGGCCCGGCUCAAAGCACAAGAAGAAGAGGAACAACAGAAACGGGAGUUCAAAGCGAGGCCUGUGCGUCAUAGUUUAAUGCCGGGUAGCAUUCCGCGAGAAACGAUUACCAGUCUUGCUCGACAAGGCAAGCUCCCGCAAGGCGAGGCAACUAAGACAUCAGCCUCAACUAAAUUAAAGCGGAUGUCAAUGCAGGGCCCACGACCACCCACCAUGUCAGAGGCUCCGGCUACCCAGAGUCGAGGUCGCCUUUCCACUGCAACAUCACGAGAAGAUCUUAGCCGGGCUACCUCAACUUCUACAGGAAGCGGCGGUGGAAAGCGAACUACACUCACUGCAGAAGAGGCUUAUCAACUGAGACUUCGUGGGAAGGAGAUUUUCCAGCGAGACAACACAAGCUUCACACGAGACAGAGAGCGUGAGAGGCGCGAACGUGAAGAAGCAACACGCCUUGCUCGUGAGCAGGCUGCGGAGCGCUCUAGAAUUGCGAGCCGGGAAUGGGCAGAGAAGAAACGACGUAAGGAGUUGGCCAUGCUGGAGUCCCUUAAGGGACACUGA